UUGCCCUCCCUUGCCUACUUAAACUUCCCUAAGAUUGGAACAUCCACAACCCUCACUCUAGACCCGUGUAUAUCAAUACCCCAAAGAAAGCGCCCCCAAACGAAACACCCACCAUGGUGGGCCAAAACGAGCAGUUCCUCCUCUUCGAACAAUGCAAGGUCUGCAUUAUUUGUUCUAAAGAUCUCUCGCCCGAUACAGCGCAUCAAAUUGCGUCCACCCUCGAAGAACAUGGCGCCGAGUCGGUCAUCUACGAGCCCCCAGCGACCUUCCCCGCGCUGUCGGAUUUCACCCAUCUCCUGUCCUGCACAGUCGACUUCCCGGCCUUUGACGAUGCGAACGACACCCUGAUCCCCGUCGUCAAACCGCAAUGGCUCCAGGCCUCCCUGUCGAAGCGCAAGCUCGCCAACCCGCGACAGUACAGCCCCGACCCGAGGCUGUUCCUCAACGAUGUGGUCGUGACGUGCGGGGACAUCCCCGAGGGAGAUAAGGAUGCCAUUAUCGGUGGGGUGCUGGCGAAGGGUGGACUGUACAGUCCCAAGGUGUCCCAGAUGGUGACGCAUUUGGUCGAUUUAACGGCGGAUUCGGACAAGGCGCGAGUGAUCUUGGCGAAGAAGUUGAAUGCUCGCAUAGUGCUGCCGCAUUGGUUCGACGACUGUUUGAAACUCGGACGCCGCAUCGACGAGCGCCCUUAUACCCUCCCCGAUCCUGAAAUCCUCCGUGCGGGCCACGAUGCGCCCAUCCGGAACUCCGAAAACCGCGACAUCGUCGGCGCUUCGACUCCCGAGCCCACAAACCUACCUACCCCCAUGAUGUCUCCGCAAAAGCGUCCCAGGCUAGACGUGUUCGAGGGCCGACAGGUCGCGCUGUCCAACGACCUAGGCAUCGGCCCGCAUCUCCUGGGCUCGAUCACGGAUAUCAUCAAGCAAGGCGGGGGCUCCGUGACGUCGGACGUCGCCAAAGCGAAUAUCGUGAUCUGCCGCUAUAGAGAAGGCGUCUCGUACCGCCUGGCCUCAAGACUAAACAAAGAAGUGGGCAACCUCUCAUGGUUAUAUCACCUAAUGACAUACAACACGUGGACCUCGCCCCUCCGACGCCUCCUCCACUACCCCGUCUCGCGCGCAGGAAUCCCCGGGUUCAAAGGCUUGAAAAUCAGCCUGUCCAACUACGUCGGCGAAGCCAGAGCCUACCUAGAGAACCUAAUCGCAGCCACCGGCGCAGAAUGCACCAAAACCUUAAGACAGGAAAACACCCACCUCGUAACCGCCCACGGCAACAGCGAGAAAUGCAACGCCGCCAAGGAAUGGGGCCUGCAAGUUGUCAACCACUUGUGGUUGGAAGAAAGCUACGCGAAGUGGAAAUUACAACCUGUCUCAGACCCCCGCUACACGCAUUUCCCUCGCCGGACUAACCUCGGCGAGGUCGUUGGCCAGACUCGUCUUGAUAAGGCUAUCCUUGAGCAUCUCUUCUUUCCGUCUGAGCCGCAGUCGCCCGAUGAGGUCCCCCGCCGUGCUAUGCAGAAUAAGGAUCAAAACGCGGCGGCUGCGAAAGCGUCGGGGUCUAUGGACCCGCCGCCGCCGGCUAGAGAGGACGAUGAUGCGCUCGUGUCAGGGAGCGCCACGCCAGUUGCGAAAUCGCGCAGCAAAGCGCCCGACAAUAAGAAGCUACACACGCCAGCCCGAUCUCGACUGACGUCUGAAGGAAAAGAAAACGACACGCCGUCUUCGACGAGUAGUCGGAAGUCAAAGGACGCUGCAACGGCCCGUCUCCAUGAAAUCGCUCCGGAUAUUGCGCUGUACGAGAAAGAGAAGAAGCGCGUGGGUGGGGUUAUCUACGGCGGUCGGAGGAAAUCCGACGAGGAUCGAGUGGCGAUGGGCAAGAAGCGCAGGUCGGCUGAGCCGGAGGUGGAAAGUGAUGCUGAGGAAGCUGGUGAUGCUAAGAGGCUGAAGAAGUCUAAGCCGUCGGUGACGAUGCAUCUUUUGAUUACGGGGUACCAGCCCUGGGUGGGGCAUGUGAAGAGGGAAGAUGCUGAUAAGCGACAACUUCGAGAACUCGGAAUCCUGGUGGUCCAAGACGCCCGGAGGUGUUCCCAUGUCGCCGCUCCCAGUAUCCUGCGGACCCCCAAGUUUGUCAACGCGCUCGCGUACGGACCAGACUUUGUCACUGUCGAUUUUAUUGCGCAAUGCCUGAAGGAGGACGAACUCCUAGACCCAGCCAGCUUCCCACUCCAAGACAAGGCCGCCGAAAAACGAUACGGCUUCACGCUCGACAAGGCCCAGACGCGGGCUAAGAAGAACAAGAACAAGCUGCUCAAGGGGUAUCAAGUGCAAUGCGUGGAAUCAAUCCGCGGCGGGUUCGACGCCUUCAAAUCUAUCGUUGACGCCAACGGAGGCGAAUGCUCCCUCUUCCGCGGACGCGUCACGCAUCAAACGCAGCGGGAAGAAAGCGCGGAAAGCGAGGACGAGGACAGCGACGAUCCGAGUCAAAAGGAGGUGUACCUUCUCAGCAGUGCGACGCCCGACCAUCAGCGGUUAUGGCCCCGGUUCCGGCAGAUGGCGCAGGGGAUGGGCAAACGGCCGCGGAUUGUGCGGGUGGACUGGCUUCUGGAUAUUGCCAUGUCGCAGGAGCUGCAUACCGCGGAUGCGUACGAGUUGAAUGAGGGGAUGGUCGAGGAGUUGGAGAAUUGAAUAGAUAGCUUGAGUCGAUGCUGGGCUGGUGUUGUAUAUCUCCGUUGUUACUUGGGAGUAACUGGAUCUCGGGAUUCUGUUUGUUCUUUUUUGAGGAAACUCAUUUGUAUAUUGCAUGCAUGUAUGCAUACCGUCCAUACGUU